AUAACGGGGUACGAUGAGACAGGUCGUAACGAAGGAAGUGAGCAUAUCGCAUCCCGAGGGAUGGAAUUAAAAGUAGAAAUGGUUAAGUUUGGUACAAUAAAAUGGACAGACAUUUUUCUUUAAGACGGCGUAAAUACAGAAAACGUUGGGCGGAAAAAUGCAAAGACUACAUCAGAAAUUUUCUCGCUUUCAUGUUCAGCAACAUCGGGAUCAUUGGAUUAGUGGUCGGCUACACGGUCGCCGGUGCGUUUAUUUUUAUUCACAUUGAAGGCGACCAGGAGGAUAUACUUCGGCGUACAAUUUCGCAACAGCGCAACAUAAAGGCUGACACAAUAUGGAACAUAACAAAUUUUACGAAUAUCUUUCCGGAGAACGAGAGGCUGUGGAGGACGAGCGUUAUGAGGGAGCUUGAAGAGUAUCAGGUUGCUAUAAUUGAUGCCGUGAAGCACGGCUUUGACGGAUGUGAUACGAUAGGAACUAAUACGCUGUGGAGCUUUCCAGGAGCUUUCCUUUAUUCCCUUACUGUGAUUACUACAAUAGGUUACGGAAACGUGGUGCCGCAGACCAAACUAGGAAAAGUUAUAACGAUAAUCUACGCAAUAAUAGGCAUGCCCCUAUUCCUGCUCUACCUCUCGAACAUCGGCGACAUAAUGGCGAGAUCGUUCAAGUGGCUCUACGCGAAGAUAUGCCUCUGCAGGUGCUGCCCCGGGGUGGCGAAGAAGCGCGCCGAACGUCGCCGCCGCAGGGCCGAGGAGCUGAGCGUCGACUACUACGGCAACAGGAACGGAUCCGAAAGUCCCGAGGUUAGCAUUAGACGGGGACAGUUCCAGGAGACGUCAGGAUCGAGCGAGGAACAAUCCGAGAACGGCACCGACAAUUCCGACUCGCAAACGGUGACGGUUCCCGUAACAAUUUGCCUUGUGAUUAUGGUUGGUUACAUACUCGGCGGAACGGUCCUCUUCGCGAAGUACGAGGACAAAUGGACGACGCUCGACGGUUCCUAUUUCUGCUUCAUUUCGCUGAGCACAAUCGGAUUCGGCGACCUCGUGCCCGGCAAGGCGAUCUACUCCGACACCAAGUUCGAGCUUAGCUCGAUUCUCUGCUCGAUGUACCUCAUGCUGGGCAUGGCACUAAUCGCGAUGUGCUUUAAUCUGAUGCAGGAGGAAGUCAUUCACAAAAUCAGAACCACAAUGCGACGCAUCAAAAACAUAUUUCGCUGCAAUCGGUGACGAAAUCCGCGAGUUUGGCGUACCGGGGAGGAGGUAGAAGCCGCUUGGAGACAUCUGUAAUUCAAUUCCUAGACCGACAGGGAAAAAUCCUCUAAAAGUGAUAAAACGAGCCGAGGAGGGUUAAAACGGAAGGACGUCGGAUUUAUAAGACUUCGUCUUGAAUCGCCCACUCGAAGUACCUUCACGGAUCCUGCUAUUUACAUUAAAUAAAGCUCUUAAUGACG